GCUCGUCAUCUGGAUGUGUGUAUAUGUAAAUAUAAAAAAAUUAGAAAAUUAGGCUUCCAAAUCGUCGAAAAAGUUUCUUUAACGCGUAAAAAUUAACAAAGCAAACAAGCUAAUGGCCGCCGCUGAGACAGGUGCUAUAGCCAGCGGCAGUGCGGUGUCCACCGGGCAACGCGGCGUUAGCCGUGUUCUUGCCAAGUUGUCCCAAUCUCUGGCCGGAGGAGAGUUCUACGAAGCGCACAUGAUGUACAGGACGCUGUACUUUAGGUAUACAGCGCAGAGGCGCUACCAGGACUGCCUGGAUCUGCUCUUCGACGGAGCCCAACAGCUAAUAGCCAAGGAGCAGGAGAGCAGCGCUGCGGACUUGUGCCUUCUGUUAGUGGACACGCUGGAGAAGCAAGGACCGCAGGCGGAGGACACCGACAACUUCCUGUGGGUGCCACGUCUGGGAGCUUUGAUACGUGGCCUGAACGCCACGACAGUGGAGCGCGAAACGCUAAUCCAACGGGCCAUCAAGUGGAGCACGGCCCUGCACGGCCAGUACGGCCAUCCGGUACUGCACAAGUUGAUUGCACAUGUGUUUUGGACAGAGGGCAACAUCGAAUCUGCUCGCCACCAUUAUCUGCUCUGUCAGGACGGCAGCCUCUGCGGGCGGGUGCUGAUUGAAAUCAGCCAGAGCAGAGGUUUCCAGGGCGAGGUGGACUUAUUCCUGGUGCAGGCAGUGUUGCAGCAGCUCUCGCUUAAGGAUCGUAAGACCGCCGAGGAAACGUUCGACGAGUACACGCGCUACCACACAAAGCUACUGAGGCAUGAGUUCCCCUACAAAGAACCCCUGGUUAACUUCCUGUACUUCCUGUUUCGCCUCAUUGACUCAAAGCGUGUCGCUGGGUUUCGGGCGUUGCGGAAGCUUUACGAUCCAUCGCUAAAGCGAGACACAUCGUUCCUGAAGUACGUGGCUAAGAUUGGAGUGAUUUAUUUCGACGAGCAGCCGGAAGCUAGUCACGCUGGGACGCCUGGGUUAGGCGGUAUGUUUGGUGACAUACUAAAUCGCCUAAUGGCGGGCUUCGACGAAGACGACAUAGACGAUCAGGGCACCCCGCAAAUACGGCAGAACGCAAAUAACGAGCUGGACUAACAUCAACUAGAGUUAUUUGCAGGGAUGGUGCAUAAUGGAGGAGGACCCUAGGUUGCUUUGGUCGCUUCUAAUCAACGAAGUUUUUUGCCACGAAUUCAUCGUGCUUUUCUUGUUAUAAUUUUAAUGUAAUGUAUGGAAAAUUAUUUACCAUAAGCGUAUAGUCGCGAUAACUGCAAUGUAGAUUCCACAGUGUUUUAGUUGAAAAUUAUACAAAAGUGUACUUCACAAUGAUCAACAA